AUGGUGGCGGUGCAGGCUGCGGCGACGGCGACGGCGGAGGCGCCGAUCCGGGUCGAGGCCAAGGUCGCGGUGGCGCCGGAGGCGGAGGCCGAGGUGGAGGUGGAGGUGAAGGGCGAUGCCGCCGCUGCGGCGGGAGAGACGGAGGACUACAAGAGCGACCUGAGGAAGCUGGAGGAGCUCAUGUCCAAGCUCAACCCUCGCGCGCAGGAGUUCGUGCCGUCGUCGCGCCGCACGGCUCCAGUCGCCGUGCCGCCGGCGGCAGCGAAGCCGGUGGCGGGAGGAGGGGUGCUCUCCGCCCACGCGCCUGUGUUCGUGUCCGCCGCCGAGUACUACGGCGCUGCCGGCGGGCGCCUGGAGAUAGGCGGCGGCGGGGGCAGGGACUCUAGCAGCGACGGAUCCAGCAACGGCGGCGGCGGCGGCCACCCACUGAAUCGCCGGAGAAGGAAUAGCUUCAACCAGGGGAGGCGGAGGGUGGGAGGCCGGCCCCGACGGGCUGAUAGGGAGGACAGUGUGCGGCGGACCGUCUACGUCUCUGACAUUGAUCAGCAUGUGACUGAGCAGAAGCUCGCUGAAGUGUUUUCUAACUGCGGGCAAGUGGUAGAUUGUCGUAUCUGUGGUGACCCCCAUUCUGUCCUGCGCUUUGCGUUCAUCGAGUUUGCUGAUGAUGCUGGUGCAAGAGCAGCACUAACACUUGGGGGAACCAUGCUUGGCUACUAUCCUGUUAGAGUUUUGCCUUCCAAAACAGCAAUUCUACCUGUCAACCCUAAAUUUCUUCCUCGAACUGAAGAUGAGAAAGAAAUGGUAUCGAGAACUGUAUAUUGUACUAACAUAGAUAAGAAGGUUACAGAGGAUGAUGUAAAGGGUUUUUUCCAGCAAGCGUGCGGGAAGGUUUCUCGGCUGAGACUCCUUGGUGACUAUGUACACUCCACAUGCAUUGCUUUUGUUGAGUUUGCUGAAGCUGAAAGUGCAAUUAUGGCCUUGAACUUCAGUGGUAUGGUCCUUGGCUUACUUCCUAUCAGGGUGAGCCCUUCCAAGACACCAGUCCGUCCGCGGUCUCCUCGCGUGAUGUCCAACUGA